AGCUACCGCUAGGUGGAUCUGCUCUCGUGCGUUGGACAGUGUCAACUGUAAUGAAGGGCGGGAGGGCACGCGAACUAUCAGUAUGUCGUGUAAAGAAUAUGAAGACAAUGUGUUAUCGUUAGCUAAAGACUGGUGCUCAGAUGUAAACAGUGAAACAUUUACUUCUUUGCUUCAAGAAUUGAUUUUUCAUCUCAGUGGAAAACAUAAAGAUGAAGUGUUCCGUCUGUUUCAAAAGCAAUUACAAAAGCUUAGACAAGGAUGUAGCUAUGAUUCACUGGAUGAAGCUGACGAGUUCAGCAUAGCAGAGGAAGUAAAAAAUAAAAUUGCAAGUAGUCAUGGAGAGAGAGAAGCAAAUCGUUUCUCUGGUAUUUACCGGCAUCUUCGAGGAUGUACGCUUCUAACCAACUUGAGAAACACCUUGGCCUUCAUGCAGAGAAGCGCUGUACAAGAAUCAGCGGAUGAUGCAAAUUCAUCAUUUGACUCACAAAAUUUAUCAUUGAGAAAUAUUACUAUUCGUAGUUCAUCACAGGCUUCACGAACACCAUUUGCAUCAACAUUGCAAAGACACCCAGACAUGUUUGACACUGUGUCCUCUCUUCCAUCCAAUUUUGCUUCUAACACUUUAUCAGAUGCUUACCAUUCAUCCAGAGCCAUUUCAUAUGCUCAUGACUUGCCACAAGGAACCAUUGCUCACCUAAAUGGGUGUCCAGUAGUAAUGCCUGUACCACCACCGUCCAGAAACCCCUAUAAGAUGUCAGUAUCAGAAACUGUCUUGAUCCAAGAACUGAUAUAUUGCUUUCAAGGAAUAGGAGGAAAAAUCUUAAUAGAGGAUCCUGUCUCUCAAGGCUUCAAAAUAGAUCCAAAGGUGGACCUCCGUCCAUCGGUCCGGCAGCAAGUACUCCGUUUGGCGGAGGUUGGGUGGCUGCACAACCAAGUGCGACAGUUCUGUGAUGCUACGAGACCGGCUGGACUUGUUAACCAGAGCCUUGUAGCUGCCCUACAUGAUGAACUGACAGAAUACUACAGAUUGAUUGCUGUACUGCAGUCUAGGUUACAGAAGCAGUCAGAGGCUGUAGUUGAUUCACCGCUAGCAGAAGAGCAACUGCCAUCACUAACAUUGAGUCAAUUGGCAGUAUGUGUACGGAGCCCCACACUGAGGUUGCAGCUGUUGCUGUCACUGGCAGAAGCAUGCCGUGGCCGUCGUGGUGGUGCUCUGGCAUCCUGUGUACAUAGUUUUUUGCAGCACGGUGAUCCAAAUUUACGCCGUAGUGUACGCACACUCUUGGCAGCAGUAUGUCGUCCCAUGUAUGUAAUGCUAAGUCGGUGGAUUUUGGAUGGGGAAUUGGAGGAUCCUUAUAAUGAAUUCUUCAUAGCUGCAAAUCCUGAUGUGAAAGGAGACCGCUUAUGGCACGAUAAAUAUUAUGUUCAGGAAGCUCUUGUACCAAGUUUCAUAUCUUUGGCACAAGCUCGCAAAAUUCUUGCUACGGGCAAGAGCAUAAACUUCCUUCGUGAAGUGUGCCAAGACCACACGCCUAUAAAAGGCCGUGAAGCCCUCAGGCUCGCUUUGGAAAGCACCAACGUGGAAGCACUCUUUGUUGAGGACCAGGAUGGAGAGCUGCAGGCAAUGCUAGAACAAGCUUACCGUGAAACGUCUCGUCGUGUUUUGGAUGUUCUCAACACUCAGUACAAAUUCAUGGACCACCUGCAAGCUUUAAGGAGAUAUCUCCUGCUGGGGCAAGGGGACUUCAUUAGGCACCUUAUGGAGUUACUUGAACCUGAGUUGGCAAAGCCUGCCUCACAGUUGUAUCCUCACUGUUUAUCGGGGAUCCUGGACUCUGCUGUUCGUUCUACUAAUGCCCAGUACGAAGAUGAAGAUAUUCUUCAGAGGUUGGAUGUGAGAUUACUCGAAAUGUCAAAAGGAGAUACUGGUUGGGAUGUUUUCACAUUGGACUACCACGUUGUCGGUCCAAUAGGAACAGUUUUUGCUAUGAACAUGUCUUCCUACUUGAUGCUGUUCAAUGCUCUUUGGCGAGCAAAACGAAUGGAAUUUGUGCUAAGUCUGGCUGUCAAGCGACAGCUAACAGCUGCUAAGCAGAUGAGAUGUCUGCCUGGAAUGAAGCCUUUAUUGCAGAGAUUACAUCUCCUUAUCUCUGAAAUGGUGCACUUUGUACAUCAAGUGCAGUACUACACACUAUUUGAGGUGCUGGAAUGCUCCUGGGAGGCAUUCAACAAAGAAGUCCAGCAAGCAGAAGGCUUGGAUGAUGUCAUUAGAGCACAUGAUGCGUUCCUGGCAACAGUUCGUGCGGGGGCUUUCCUAGAUGAAGGAACACAGAGUUUGGCAGCCCAACUGCGGUCUGUGUAUGACUUGAUGCUACAGCUCCAAGGCCUAGAAGAACAGCUACACAAUAGAGCAUCAGUGGAGCUGGAAGCUCGUAAAGAGUAUGAGAAGCUAGUUGAAAAAUCUGGCACAAACAUAUCAAUGGAGGAAAGGGAAUCUACACGAGUUAAUGAAUUUACAAAUAAAUACCUGCCUCACAUGCGCACUCAAUUGAGUGUACUGGCUAAAAGCUAUCAGGAUUUGGUGAAGAAGUUUCUGCUCAUGUUGACAAGUCAACCAGAACUAACAUUGCAACUAUUGAGUUUCCGUCUGGACUUCAAUGAGCACUAUCGAAGAUCAGAUUCAAGGCUAAAUGCACCUCUUACGUACCAGCAUCGUCGUCUCAGUGAACUGGGAGGCAAGCAUCUGUCUCCAACAUGCGUCAAAUGACAGUCAGCUCCAGUACCUUCUGCUGAGCUUCAGAAGGUAAAGACUUUCAGUUUUUUACCCAUGGCACUACCUCCCAAAGAAGGAAAAUAAACUGCUCUUUUUUGUGAGUGAAUAUGGUGGAUUGAUGAACCAGUGGCUGAUAAAACAUUGAUGCUUUUACUGUAGAUUGUGAUCUGUACAAAAAUCUCUCUAUAUUUUUGUACUGAAAUCAUAAGUGAAGCUGCACUUAAGAAGAAUGCUGCGAACCUGCUAAUUUUUGGCUCUCACCAAAAGGAAAAAUCACUGUAUCUUGUGUAUACACGUCUCAAAUUCAUUUAGGGUUUAGUAUUGUUCAUUCAUGUCGGGUCUCGUGCUUUUGUUAAUUUCCAUUCCUUGUCAAAUCAUGCGAAAUAAGUUAGUUAUGAUAAAAAUGUAGUAUGUAAACUGUAACACAGUGUUAACUGUCAACAGAAAAUUCUGCCGUUUGAUAUUACUCGGUAGCAAGUAAGAUUUUAUGUUGUUACUCGUUUACAAUCCUGAGUUAUCUGUUUUUGAACAUCUACAAUAGUCUUCAAUUUUCUUGUUUCAGAUCUCUGUUUCACUGUGAUGUGUAAGGCUGAUAUUUACCAGAUACUAUUUAUUUUCCUUUAUCCAGUAUGUCAGACAUUAGUAGCAUUUUCUGUAUCUGUUGAAUUAUAUUUUAUUUUAAAUUGUAGUCAUUUAUGUUGAUAUGUUUCUUGUUUUUUUUAUUUAAGAAUUUACCUCACUGUUGAUAAUAAU